UUAUCUCAAAGCGAGCUGAAGAAGAGCUGUGAACCUGAAGAUGCGGAAGACGCGGAAAAUUAUUGGCCACGGCGGCUGAACUGAACUCUGUGGACUGCCAACGGCGAAGAAGAUCACUCGAAGACCGUGACUUGAGUCAAGAGUCUCGUGCUAUUCAGCCAAGAAGACGACACGCCGGUGACGAUCGUACGGCAAGGUUUGAUGAAUUUUUCGGGGAAACUAUUUUUAGGCAAGUUUGAUUGUGCGGUAUAGAGAAGAACCUUAAGUUAAUUCAUUAAAUGACGGUGCGGAAAUAAUUUAUGGCGGAUAAAAAGGUGCAUUAGUGUGUUGUAGAGAGUAGGGUGAGUAAAUUAAAAUUCGUGCCGUGAAAAGUGAGAAACCGUGAGCGUGAAGAACUUGUGGGUCGUAAUGUUUAGAGUGGCGACUUGAGUGAAAAAAAAGUGAAGAGAACUACUACCAGGAGUGGGGCGUCGAACGAAAUUUGAUUGGUCAAGGAGCUGUGGUGGACGGCGUCCGUCGGUGGCGUCGGUGAUGGACAGGACGUGCUACGGCAAGUGGGACCCCGGAGCGAGGCAACCGUACCGGUGUACGCUGCGGGAGCGCGGAAUUGCGCCAGGAUAUGCUCUACUCGCUGACCUGCAGAACACGGUGCCGGGACAGCAUCAACACGUUGGAGGUGGUGGCUCGUCGGUCCCUGGCUAUGGCAGCUUGAACGGCGUGCGGAACAAACAGACUUCGAGUCCGCAAGCAGCCUACCAGACGUCCUCGACGAAAACCAUCACAGAGACACGUGGCGCGAACGGGUACGGCAAUGGUUCCCUGCCGCGGUCCACCACGCCCCAUCACAACAACUCGCUGCCCCGGUCCAGCACACCGCAGCAGCAGAAACUGCCCGGAUCCGCCUCCGGAAACCUGUCCGAGCUGGACUCGCUGCUGCAGGACUUGAGCAGCGCUCGCUACGGAAAUAUCGCGGAGAAGCAUCCUCCCAACAAUGGAACCACUAGUCCCUCGCCGUAUGCCAUCAACGACUCCAUCAAGCGGCCCUCGGUCGAUAGUCUGCUGGACGAGCUGAGCAAUGCCAACCAGAAUCCGAUCUAUGCGGUUCCUUAUGGCAAUCAAUCGCCCAACCCGACCCAACCUGGUCGGCAGGUUACGAUUACCGUGCGGGAAACGACUACGGAAAAACUGACCGGAACGCCGAGUGCCAACUAUCAGAACCAGAUGUACCAACAGCAGCUCGCCCAGAACGAGCAGGGCAACUACACGUCGUCCGCCACCAAGGAGCUGGACGAUCUGAUGGCAUCACUGUCCGAUUUCAAGAUCACCGCCGGAUCGCAGCAGCUCCAGUCGACGGUGACGGAUUACGCGAAGCCGAACCAGGGUAUCGCGCACUACCAGAGCACGCUGACCACGGUUACGACGACCGAGCAGUUGCCUCCGCCGAACGACCAGUUGGACUCUAUGCUUGGGAAUCUGCAGGCCGACAUGAGCCGCCAGGGUGUGAACACGACCCAGAAGGGAUGCUGCAACGCGUGCGACAAGCCGAUCGUCGGCCAGGUCAUUACGGCCCUGGGCAAGACCUGGCAUCCGGAACACUUUACGUGCAACCACUGCUCGCAGGAGCUGGGCACGCGCAACUUCUUCGAGCGGGACGGCAACCCGUACUGCGAGACGGACUACCACAACCUGUUUAGUCCGCGGUGCGCGUACUGCAACGGGCCGAUUUUGGAUAAAUGCGUCACGGCGCUCGAGAAGACCUGGCACACGGAGCACUUCUUCUGUGCCCAGUGCGGCCAGCAGUUUGGCGAGGACGGGUUCCACGAGCGCGACGGCAAGCCGUACUGCCGCAACGACUACUUCGACAUGUUCGCGCCCAAGUGCAACGGGUGCAACCGGGCCAUCAUGGAGAAUUACAUUUCCGCGCUCAACAGCCAGUGGCAUCCGGACUGUUUCGUGUGCAGGGACUGCCGUCAGCCCUUCUUUGGCGGUUCAUUUUUCGACCACGAGGGUCUGCCGUACUGCGAGACCCACUACCACGCCAAGCGGGGAUCGCUGUGCGCGGGUUGCUCCAAGCCCAUCACCGGACGGUGCAUCACGGCCAUGUUUAAGAAAUUCCACCCGGAGCAUUUCGUGUGCGCCUUCUGCCUGAAGCAGCUGAACAAGGGCACCUUCAAGGAGCAGAACGACAAACCCUACUGCCACCAGUGCUUCGACAAGCUGUUUGGAUAAAUCGGGCGACGUGUGAGCGUGCUGUGUGUGCGUGUGCAGGUGUGUUUCUGUAUGUGUGGGAAUAUUUCUUCGUUUUCCUACGUGUUUCUUCUUUUCUAUACUUUAUGUGUCCCACUGUCUCUUCCAUAUCUGAACCAUAGGCAAAGUAUUUCAAUUGAUUGUCCGUUCGAAUCGGGUCGUUUAGAUUACACAUUGUUUAUCCAUAAUUUCUGUUCAACUCUGUUCUUAUUGAAAUGUUUACUUAACAGUAGCGAUAAACAAUUUCCAGCAAGAGCCCCACUCUUCUAGUUAUUUAAUUCUAUUGCACUAUUUCUGGGCAGCAGCACUCAGAGUACAGAUAAACUGUAUAAUCUAACUUUUAGCUUAACUUUGCGCAAUACGACGGUCAGCCAUGUAUCGCCACCGUACGGCAUGAAAACUGAUGCAAUGUAUAACCUAUCAAGUAUUUAACAAUUUCGACGUAGCCGAUCGUGAGUUUUCAAACAGCAGUCAAUCUAGAGCGAAAACGUUGUAGCAAAAUCUAAUAACGAAAAAUCUCCAAAAACUGAAAGUGUUUGGAAAAGCAAAAAAAAAAGAGAGUUGAUAACACAAGACGACGAAUAACGUUUAAAACUAUCCAAAGUUCAAAAUUACAAAACAAAAUAAAAAAAACUGAAAAUUUACAAUUAUUGAAACGUUUGAUCGAUGCAGCACAAAACGAAUCUUUACAACAUAGAGCAAACACAGAUGAUAUUUAGAAAGAUCGCCCCCCGUAUUACAUCCUUUAGCAAACACCUUUUGAAAUCCGCCAACAGUGUAGCCAAUAUAUGGAAUAGACGAUUAUUACUCGCUAACAGUUUAGAAUAAACAGCAACAGCAAAAAAAACCCGUCUUAAAGGAAGCGUUCCAGAAACGGUCACCGGUCAUUGGAAACUAAA